AUGAAUCUUCAUACAGGGAGAGGUCCGUUGCUUCUAGCAUCUCAGACAGGUCCGAUUCCCGUUGACAACGACCCUGAUGGUCCGCCGUGGUCUUUUGUCGAGAAGGUGACCUUUUCGGACUCUUCUCCAAGGUCUGUAACCUCAUCGUCCACCUUUUCGGUAUUUCCCGUCACGGGAAACAUCAACAAUCUCUCCGUUGCUGGGGACGAGCCCCGAUAUGUGCUCCCGCUUGAAAACUCCCCAUACCCUGAUGACGAAGCAAUCGAUUCCACGGACCCAGACACUGACGACGAAGCAAUCGGCCCCAUGGAUCCCAUUGACCUCCGCGUCGUCACUGUCGGAUACCCAGACCCGCCGGGUGUCGUUCUUCGCAAGCAGUUCAACAUCGGCACCACCCGAGAGCCUGGCAGGAGCAACGUGCCCUGCUGGAUACGAGGCAACUAUCCUCCACGACUUCCCCGGAGUCCCCACGACCUUUGCUGCCCCGCUCACCAAGGCUCUGGAUUCGAUACUCAUGCCUUCGUAGAUGGAUACAUGGACAGGACUCGCAAAUUGGAGUACCAGCUCAGAAUUCAGAGCGACACAGCCCGAGAUCUCAGACGUUGCAUUACGGAUAGCCAACUCUCCAUCGAGAAUCUCCGUAAGGAGGAAGAGCUCUCCGGCAAGGAAAAGCGCAAGAAGCAUUCUUUCACCCUGUCCCAAGACAUCUUCAAUCUUGAGGAGGAGAUUCUCGCCCAGCAGGAGUGUCUCCGUCAGACCCGCCUGGCCUCGGAGAGAAUCAUCGUCGAAAGCUACAGCCGUCCCCCUGACGAUACUCUCGACCCGGAGAUGAUCACUCCCACAGAUCUCGGACCGCCGCCGAAGGUCGGCCCCUUUCUGCUCGCCGCUCCUAGCUUCGCAUGGGAGUCCCACCACUGCUCGUCAACGCAGAUGCGGAAGCCCGAUCCCCUCGUCCCAGACUGGUUCCCCGUCUUUAUGAGCUACAACAUUGUCCGCUUCGCGCCGUCCCACGCGUCGGUGGCGGAUUGCUUCCGCGAGCUGCUCAACAUCAUCCACGACCUCGAGACUGAGGUAGGUAGGAGUGAUGCUGAUCAGACACCACAUGGUUUCGACAUGGAGUGGCACCGGCCACACCCGGGAUGGGACACGGUCAAGCGACGCCGGAUCGGCGGCUAG